GCAAGAGGCGGCCAUGGAGAGCGUUCCUCCUGUACGGCCCGCCAGGCACGGGCAAGUCGUAUCUGGCCAAAGCCGUCGCCACGGAGGCCGACUCCACCUUCUUCAGCAUCUCAUCGUCGGACCUGGUGUCCAAGUGGAUGGGCGAGAGCGAGAAGCUGGUGGCGAAUCUGUUUCAGAUGGCGCGGGAGAGUGCGCCCUCCAUCAUCUUUAUCGACGAGAUCGACUCGCUGUGCGGCCAGAGAGGCGAGGGCAACGAGAGCGAGGCGUCACGGCGCAUCAAGACAGAGUUCCUCGUUCAGAUGCAGGGUGUGGGCACGGAGGACAACAAGGUGCUGGUGCUCGCUGCCACCAACACGCCGUACUCCCUCGACCAGGCGGUGCGUCGGCGCUUUGACAAGAGAAUCUACAUCCCACUACCGGAUGUGAAGGCCAGGCAGCACAUGUUCAAGGUGCAUCUGGGAGACACGCCCUACAGCUUGUCAGAGAAGGACUUUGAGGAGCUGGCUCAGAAGACAGAUGGAUUCUCGGGGUCGGAUAUAUCAGUCUGCGUGAAGGAUGUCCUGUUUGAGCCCGUUCGGAAGACGCAAGAUGCCAUGCAUUUCAAGAAGGUGCCGAAAGACGGGGACGUGUGUUACAUGCCGUGUGGACCACGGGAGCCAGGCGCCAUUCAGACCACCAUGGAGGAGCUUGCAGCGCAGGGGCUUGGGGAGAAGAUUGUUCCUCCACCCAUCAUGAAGUCUGAUUUUGACAAGGUGUUGUCACGACAGAAGCCAACAGUGAGCAAAGACGAUUUAAAGAUUCAAGAGAAGUUCACAGAAGAGUUUGGAGAAGAAGGCGCUUGUUCACUCAAGCCGGAUCACGAGUCGCCUGGCGCCAGCGGCGGAGUUGGCGCUGCACGGCUCAGUAGCAUAUGGCUCGGAUCUCGAAACAUUUCUGCUGCCCGGAACCUGGCUCCGGGAACUAUCGUUUCUUGCCCGGCGCCAGUGGUGCUGCCACGUGGCGUAGCGCGGUCUGUUGUGGUGGCGACGGCUGGUCAGACCCCAAAGGCAGUGUCGGGCGAUGCGGUGGUGGCGGAGAGCAGCGAGUCAGCCCCGUCUGCCUCGUCCCAUGCACGUGCGGUCACCCACUUCUACCGCCACCCACUCCUCUCCGACGCUGCCACAGACUCGCUGCUUCACAAGGUCCAGGAGAAGGUGUCGGCUGACGUCAUCGGCAUCCGCACGGAGCAGUGCUUCAACGUGGAGCUGACGUCACCUCUGGAUGCAGCACACGAGGCGGCUCUGGUGUGGGUGUUAUCUGAGACGUACGAGCCUGAGAAGCUCACCCGGGAGUCUGUUUUUAGCGCUGGCGCUGCAGCGGAGGGGGAAGGGGAGGGAGAGGAGGAGGAGGAGGUGGUGGUGGUGGUGGAGGUGGGGCCUCGUUUGUCGUUUACCACGGCCUGGUCGACAAACGCUGUCUCCAUCUGCCGCUCCUGCACCCUGGAGCAGGUGACUCGCAUCGAGCGCUCUCGCCGCUACGCCCUGCAGCUGGCGCCAGGGGUGGACGCUGCAGCUGCCUUUACGGAGGAGCAGAGGGCGGCGUUUGCAGCGCUGGUGCACGACCGCAUGACAGAGUGUGUGUACGAGUCGCGGCUUGAGACGUUUGUCACGGACGCUGCUCCCGCGCCUGUCGUCCGCAUCCCAGUUAUGAAGGAGGGGCGCAAGGCGUUGGAGCAGGUCAACAAGGACAUGGGGCUGGCGUUUGAUGAGUGGGAUCUUGAUUACUACACGCGUCUGUUCCGUGAGGACAUUGGCCGGGACCCGACCAACGUGGAGCUGUUUGACAUCGCACAGUCCAACUCCGAGCACAGCCGCCACUGGUUCUUCAAGGGCGACCUGACAGUGGACGGGCAGAAGGUGCAGCACACGCUGAUGGAUCUGGUGAAGGACACGCUGACUGCCAACCCCAACAACUCCGUCAUUGGCUUCAAAGAUAACUCCAGUGCCAUCCGUGGUCGUGUGGUGUCCGCCAUUCUGCCCGAGAAUCCCGGGAAGCCAUCAAAGCUGGCGCCUGAGGAGCGGGAUUACGAUAUUCUCUUCACUGCUGAGACGCACAACUUCCCCUGCGCUGUGGCACCAUUCCCUGGGGCCGAGACGGGUGCGGGGGGGCGGAUCCGUGACACGCACGCGACAGGUGUCGGCUCGCUAGUGGUCGCUGCUACUGCUGGUUAUUGCGUGGGCAACUUGCAGAUGGAGGGGCAUGCAGCGCCCUGGGAAGACACCUCGUUUGUGUACCCUCCCAACCUUGCUCCACCGCUCCAGAUUCUUCUUGAUGCCAGCGACGGUGCGUCAGACUAUGGCAACAAGUUCGGGGAGCCGCUCAUCCAGGGCUACACGCGCACGUUCGGGAUGCGGCUGGCGAGCGGGGAGAGGCGGGAGUGGCUGAAGCCCAUCAUGUUCAGCGGGGGUAUCGGGCAGAUCGACCACCGGCACCUGGUGAAGGAGGAGCCAGACGUGGGCAUGCUCGUGGUCAAGAUCGGAGGCCCGGCAUACCGCAUUGGCAUGGGCGGAGGUGCGGCCAGCAGCAUGGUGUCUGGCACGCGGGACGCAGAGAUGGAUUUCAAUGCGGUGCAGAGGGGUGACGCGGAGAUGGCCCAGAAGCUGAACCGCGUGGUGCGCACGUGUGUGGAGCUGGGCGACAAGAACCCCAUCCUCAGCAUCCACGACCAGGGCGCGGGAGGCAACUGCAACGUGGUGAAGGAGAUCAUCUACCCACAGGGGGCGGAGAUUGACGUGCGGUCGAUCGUGGUGGGCGAUGAAACCAUGUCGGUGCUCGAGAUCUGGGGCGCCGAGUACCAGGAGCAGGUGAGCUGUGGGGCAAUGGAUGUGGGGGGGAAGAGUGGUGGGGAUGUGCAGUCCAUACCAUA